AUGGCGGACGGCGCCAUUGUUCCUUAUUCCUCUUCCCACGAUGUUGUUCUGCGCCAUGACGGCUCCGUUGUGGUCUACGAUCCGGUUUCGAAGCAGCUAGUUCUUCGAAAUGCCACCGAUGACGAGCGAGACGAUCACGAUCCGCAAUGCCCGUAUUGUCGCAGGCCGUUGCGCGACGAGUCUGCGGGUCCAGACAACCACCAUGCCGGAUCGCAGCAGGAAUUCGUCAAUCCCGAAUACUUUCGCAUGCUCCAUAAUAGCCUCCCUCCUCCCUCGUUAGAUCCGACCACGUCGCAGUCGCAAACUCGACGUUUUGUGCAACCUGUCCUCGCCGAUCGUGCUUCGAGCGAAUCCGGUCAGUCUAGGGUCCAUGCCGGACACGGAAUCUCGUCGGCGGCGUUUACUCCGGACUAUUUCAAAAGGUUCUUUGUGGAAGAAACUGUGCUAGGUAAGGGCGGGAAGGGUGUGGUGCUGCUGGUAAAGCAUGUCUUGGACGGCGUGUCCCUUGGGCACUACGCCUGUAAGCGCGUGCCCGUCGGCGACGACCACGAAUGGCUCGAAAAGGUCCUUAUCGAAGUCCAGACGCUCCAGCAUCUUUCUCAUCAGAAUCUCGUCUCAUACCGCCAUGUAUGGCUAGAGAACGCCAAGAUCACUACGUUCGGACCAAGCGUCCCAUGCGCGUUCAUCCUCCAGCAGUACUGCAAUGCGGGGGAUCUACACAAUUACAUUUGCGGCUCUAUGCAAACCUCUACAAGCCCCCAGGAAUUGAAAGAGCGUAUUCGACGGAGGUCGAAGGGCGGUCCCGAAGUGCCUAUUGACUUGAGAGAACCUCGCAAACUGCAUUUCGAUGAGAUAUACUCGUUCUUCAAGGACAUUACUUCGGGCCUUCGAUAUCUCCAUGCUAGCGGAUAUAUCCAUCGCGAUCUCAAGCCCAAUAACUGUCUGCUGCACAAGACUAACGAUGGCAUACGCGUCUUGGUUAGCGAUUUCGGCGAAGUUCAGUCGCAGGAUGCUAUCCGGAUGUCUACUGGCGCGACAGGAACUGUGUCGUACUGUGCCCCAGAGGUGCUGCGACGGGAAUAUCCCGAUGGUCCUUUCGCCAAUUUCACUUUCAAGAGUGACAUUUUCAGCCUUGGAAUGAUUUUGUACUUUUUGUGCUUCGGGCAACUCCCAUACCAGAAUGCCGAUCUCAUCCACGAAGAAAGGGAGGACCUUGAGAAGCUUCGCGAGGAGAUCAUGGACUGGUCUGGAUUUGACCAAGGACGCAUUCGUCCUGAUUUGCCCGAGCAACUCUACACUUUCCUCUGGCGUUUGCUGUCAGUUGAUCCUGAUCUGCGGCCGUCUGCGGACGAGGUUCUCAGCGGCCUCGGCGCUAACGAGAACCUGCGCACGAAACGGAGCGGCAGUAAUGCUUCUACCCCUGAUGUGCACACCAGCUCCAGAAUUCGUCCUCUCGACGACACAGUCGAUCCGUUCGAUCAGGCAGUGUCUCCGAAAAAGUCUUUCUCGCGGGGCCCUGCCCUCCGCCGCAAUUCUGUAUAUGAUCCCAACGGUUCCGUCGGAGACUUGACCCCCGUUUUCGAAGACGUGGAUAGUACAGAAAGACGAAGCUCGCUCAGUCCGGAUCGUGAUCUGAUUGUCCGGCCGCGGUUCUCCAGUGCACAGUCUGUCUCACCAGUGUCGCCACCCAGAAAUGAGACCCGACAAGUCGGGCCGACUACUGUCGAGCCUCCUAUCCGACUGCUACCUCCCCCGCCGGGCAGGAAUUCCCUCUCGCGGCGCCUUUCUAGGUGGUAUCCACCGUUAUUUGCAGUGCAGUUGGCUCUGUUUCUUGCCAAGAUUGCCAUGGUACUGCAGCCUUGUUCUCCCUUGGCUGUUAAUCCGUGGGUGUUGUACUUUUUGAUUGUGGCUGCGGCCAUCAACCUGCGGACUACAGAUGUACGGAUGCAGGUAGCAUCCCUACUGCUGCAUGUAUCAGUGGUUGCUCUGAGUAUGAGAUUGGAGAUCUUGUGUGUAUGGCCAUCGACCACACCCGAGAUGAUGUAUAGGAAUGAGUUAUGA